AGAGCUGAGUCUGUUUCGUUCACCCUCAUUUCAUUCCUGUGUUGUUCCAUGGUACUGCAACGGAUUUGACAAGAGCAAGAAGGCUUGGAGGCAAAUAUAAAUGAGUUCUGCUACCGUUGCGAAAACUGUGGCAAAGAAAUUGUAAGUAUUCUUGGUAGCUAGUGUUCUCUUUUCAUCAGCCACCACUACCAAGCUUAAUUAGUUUAAGUUAUUAAGAUUAAUUUCCGACUUGAUUGCAAUCAGCACUAGCUGUUAUAAGCUGAAUGUGAGUGUAUUUUUGGGUAAAGAAGUCAAGCUUUAAGUUUAAAGCCGUCUGUUUCCUUCUUUAUUCGAGAAACUUGGAAGUAAGGCCGAUCACGUCAAUGGCUCUUUGGCUAAGUUUGAAUUUUUCAACUCGAUCUGUCAAGUAAUAUUUGCGUUAUUUGUUGCACGUUUUAAAACGUAUUAACCUGUUCUGAAAUUUAAAUAAAAUAAUCGCUCAUGAGAGAAUCAAGGAAAAAUGCUGUUCGACUAGCUUGUACUAGCAGUGAAAACAGCAUGGCCAUGAUAUACAUCUGUAUAACGCUCUCUUCACGUCACUAUGAAGAGAUAAACACCACACUUAACACUCAAGUGUAUCAUUAAAGAGGUUUAAAAUUAUUUAGAUAGGAAAUACAUCAUAAGUCAAAUGCAACGUGAUUGGUUUUGCUGGUUUGCAAAAUGUGUAUGAAAUCAUAUUAUUUUUCAUACAAAAUAUCUUGCUAUUUCUGAAUGGCUUUAAUCCUCCAGAUUAUUCUUGAUAAUUAACUGGCACUGACCAUAUUUGGAAAAUGUGAGCAAUAUACAAUCACUGAUGUCAGUCACUCGGUUGUCAAUUCUUGUAUGUUGUCAAUAUACAGUCAUUGCUGUUUUGGCAUAAGUGCAGAACUCAAGAACAUGAUGAAAGAGUUCACUGCCAUGCAAAGACGAAAAAGCAAAAUUACUGACUAAAAAAUGAAUGAAAUGAAAUCGUAAAGUUAAAAAAAAUCUUGAUAAAUGGUGUCUGCAUUCUGUCGUGUAUCUCUUAUAAUACAGGUAAAAUUUGAUUUCAAGGUAAAAUGUUUUAACCUUGCUCAAUUCACAAUUUCCUUUGUCUCUAAGGGCUAGGAUAAAAAUUAUGAUUGGUCAGGAAAUGAAGGGAGAAGUUCUUCUUGUCUACUGAUGUUAUUAGAAUUUGUUGUUUAACAAACCUGCUACCUAAACUCAUUUCAUUCUGCCAAUUUUUAUAAUACCUAACAAAGUGUCUAGCCUAAUUGCUGGCAACUAUAAGGUUUUCAAAUCACUAAAAUUGUUACUGACCAUCUGAUCUGUGCUUGUCUAAUCUUUAGUUUUGCCUCUACAGCAGGGAUCCAUAUUCAUUUUUUCUCAGAGUCAUCAGCCAGGCAAGUAAGCCUCAUGGCAUACUUGCCCGGUUACAAUUUCAGUUGCCUGGACAAAAGUGCAGAAUUAUAUAAAAGAAUAGUGAAAAAAUUGUGUGCAACUGGAACAUUUCUGAUUAGCCUUUUAAUUCCGUUAUGGUUACUAAGAAAGGGUUUUAACUAAGUUAAGUACAACAGGCUACAGGCCUAGGCUAAACAAAGUUUAUCUACGUUUUACAAGAAGCCAUGGUCGGUCAGUUUGCCAUGAAGAUUAGACAGUGCGCUUACGUUUUCCCCCAUACAAGGCAGCAGCUCCUGUGUCACCUUUUUUUCCAUCAAAGGCAGUGAAAUGUCUUCUAAAAGAUAUCACAUCUUGAUGUGUAUAAGGUACGGGCUUCUUCUUCACCUUUUUUUUUCUGCCAAAGGCAACAAAACGCCUUCUAAAAAACAGCACAUCUUGAUGAGUGCAGUCACAUUUUCUACGAAUGGCCUCUGAAUGCAGUACUUCACAAUAAACUGAGUUUGCGACCAUUUCGUAGAAAAUGCUGCACCAUCAGAGAUGGUGCCCAAACUUACGAUUUCAUUGCUUGUUUAGUCUCCAUUAUUCUAAGAGUUUUUUAAGUGGAUGAGAAGCAUUCAGAACACAGGGAAAAUGUAUAAAACCAUAUAAGAAUUUUUGAAAAGAUUUUGUGGUCAAGCAGAAGCUCACUUGUCUGACGGGUGACUUUUGAAGUUAUCUUAAUGGUCUUUCGAGGUUUUUAAGUUCUCUUGGAAUAUGGAUCCCUGCUACUGGUAGAUAAAGUGAACUACUGACCUAGGUUUAUCGAUUUAGGGUUGGGAGACAAAGAAUAUGGUUAAAAGUUUGUAUUAGGCUUUAUGACCAUUUGGUGAUUUGAAAGACCUUGACCAGCCAGCUGCCAGUCAUAUAGCCAAUAGUAUUUAAAACAAUCCAUUAACACAUGCCAAUUGUCAAGAAUUGGAUCGAGAAGGCAUCUAACUCUAGCACAGGCUAUAAAAGCACAUAAAUUUAUAAAAUAUAACUAAAAUUAAUGAGGAUACAGUUUUUAAAAAUGGUGUUCCACUAUAAAGUGCAUGUCAACUAACUAUGCCCAGUAUGUUGUUUUGAAAACAGUGAAACUAGGAAAAUUGAAAGAAAUGCUUGAUGUAUGUUUCAGUCAGCUGAACAGUUUCUACAAUAGGUAUGAAAUUGCUGACCUAAGUAGGUCAGUAAUAAUAUAGAAUUGAGUAUUGUUAUCAGUCACAACCAAUUAAAAGAAGAUCUUGAAAGACUGUUUUCAUUUAGCAGACCUAUUUUUGUUAAUAAUUAAUUACUUCUGCCUCAUUUUGCAAUGAUCAGUGUUCCUGUUUGGAGCUCUAACCAAUGAAUUUAUGUCAUAUUCAAUUCCCCUAGGAUUGUUUAGAAAUAUUAACAAAUCAUACUUUUUAAGUAUCAUACAUAAGCUCUAAGUCAAAAAAACAAAGUAUUUUUUUUAAACUACAAAAACCUGGCAUUUAAUUUGAGAAUGAUCCAUGUGGAAUAUAUGCUACAUUUUUUCAAGUCAUUAAUUAUUUAUUGUGAAAUAACAUUUUACUCCUCUGGCAUGUUUCCAUGGUCUCAAAACUUUACACUGCAAUUCCCUUGCAAGCUGUUAAAUACUUAUUUUGACUCUGACCACAGUACAGUGUUGUUCAUGAACUUACUCUGUAAUUCAAAUUGGUAAUUUUACAUUUCUGGAACUUGCUGAACUGAGCUUGAGAAUGUUUUUGUGUAAUUUCCUUCUCUGGAAUAAUACAUGAAGAGAACUUCAAGGAAAUCUUUUAAUCAUCGUCCUUUGUGCCCUAAUUCUUGCCUUCACUUCCUGGAAACAGUGUCUGAUUCGGGAGAAUCUGAGUAUGGAAGUCAAGAGAAGUAUGGCUGUAUAAUACUAAAAUUGCUAUGUACCAAAUUUCAUGCAUUUUGCUACUUAGUCUUCUCCUUGUUUAUAAUUUUUUGGUUUUCAUUACUAAAAUUAGACAAUCAAUGGGUAAUUAUAGGUUUCAUCAUUAGUAUCACUAACAUCUUAGUGUUUACUUUACAGUUUAUGUUUAUAGCCUUAAUAGAAUCUCUUAAUGUAUUUUUUUCUCUCUUGCAUACUUGUAGGAAGUAUUAUCUUGAUGUUCAGAGAAGAGAAGAUGGUUUUGAUUUAUCUGGGCCAUGUCAUCCCAGAGAGGAUCCAGUUCCUUUAAGAGCUGUAAGAAUUUGAAUUGUUUUUUCAUAUCAAACUACUCUUUAAAGUUUAGCAAUUUGAUUUAUGUGUUACAUCCUGAAGUUGAAGUUUAAAAAUACAAACUAAUGCCAUGAUUGUAAAUGGUUAGUUAUGUAUUAUUGUAUUUCAUCACAAUUCCUUAAUCCAUGUCUGCUUUUGAAUUACAUGCCAUUUCUUUGUUUUUCGCGUGUCAGUUCAAUUUUUGCUUUGAGGAAGAAGAAAGUUCAGCCAUGGAUAUACACACUGUAUGGUCCUUUUUAAUAACAAAAACCAAAUAAAUAAGCUUUGUUGAGUUGAGUCUGUGUACGUGAAAAUUUGCAAGGCUGACUUACAUGUACGAAGCUGAUUUCAAAUAAUGAACAUAUGAAUAUCACAUAUUAGAACUGUGUGAUGAAGAAUUAAAUGUAAAGAAGAUCAUUGCAGCUAUUACGUAUCUGCAUAAAGAAGGCCUGAAAAAAAUUUUUUCCAGUUGCAGUUAAGUUGCAUCUUCUGGUUGCAUUUCUGGACAAACUUGAACUUUACAUUUUUCUGCAUGUUUCACUUGCUUGCAAGCCAAACAUUGCUUUCAAUGCUGUUUUUUGGGGGGCAGUUUUGUGUCAAAAACACUCUGACUUAGUCAAGUAAUAAUUAGUUGACUAAGUCAGAGUGUUGAAAGCCAAUUAUUGGCUUUCAAUAAGACCACUCUUAUUUCAAAACAUUCCUCAAGCUUUAACUUCAAAUAUUAUGAUCAUCAUUUGACUCUCGUGGUUUACUGUAUAUUUCAAAUCUAGGGUCCAACAUUAGAUUAUGAUGGAAUCCAUGACAGAAGCUUAAAGCAUUACUUUCACAAUAGUAACGUAAAGAAGCAGUUGCAACAAAUGCACACAGCUCGGAACCAAGAUGCCCGCGAGGGUACAGUGAGAGGUUUUAUGGACCAGACCAUGGCAUCUGUGGAUUAUAGACUCAAGCCUGGUCCUAUCUCACCUUACGCUAUACCUCAGACGGUAACACCUAAGCCACCUCCACACCGACCACAAGCCACGAUGACUGUAGACCAGUACAUGAAGACAAAGAGAGGAGCUAAGCGAAGGUACGUUAUGAAUUAUUGUUAUAUUCCUAGACUUUCACUCAACUAAACAGGGACUGCCAUUGGUUGAUUCUUGGUCACGUGGCCUUGACUAAAAUCAAAUGUGUCCCAAUUGUGAUACAUAAAUUUAAGCAAUGUACCCCACUUGGGAUACAUUACAGCACAUGAUCAAAGCAUUGUGGAAAGUGGCGUGACAGAAGGUGGGAAAAACAUUGCCAGUUUUCUUUUUCGUGAAUGAAAACAACAACACAAACAUGAAGCCUCAUGCUAAAAAGCAAUGAUUUUUAAAGUUAUAUCAGAAGAGAAACAGCAGCUAGUGGAGGAAAAAGAUGCAGAUAAUAUAAGGAAGUAGUUUGUAAAUCAUUCAUUCAGUGGUUUUGAGAAUUAAAUUUGGGUUGUUAUAAGUACCGAGUUGACUGUUUUAUUGCGCUCCGGUUAUUCUUUUGUUGCUGUUUGAAGGCUACAAUAACCACAUAUAGCAUAAAGAUCUUUUCUAUUAGAUUUUGUACUCUAGUUGCUGUUUACUGCACUUGCAAAGUAGCGAAAGAUGCUUUCAGAAUUGUACUUUACAUUACAACUUAGUGAAUUAAUUACUUUAAAUGUAGUUUAACGACGAGUGUGAGCCUAGUUUUAGCUACUGAACACUUAAAACUGCAAGUGGAGUCAUAAAAGUGAUGUCAUCAUUAAGUGACCUCUUUUAUGUGGACACCUCUUUAAUUAAUGAACACUUCGCUCUGUCCCUUUGGUGUCCGUAUCAGAGAGGUUUGACCGUCUAACAAGAUGUACUGCUGUCAAUUUACUUUUUUAUUAAUUGAGUUAUUCUCGUACAUCAGGGUAUGGUUGCCCGGGUGCUAGUCGUGCUGUUGACAGCCCAAACUUAAACCACCAUUUCUACUAUUAAUAACUUAUACGUCUUUCUAUAAUAACAACAGCAACAACAUUAGUCAAUGAAUGACUGGCUGGGACAAUCCAAUACUAUCUCACAGUGGAGCAAAAGCAUUAAAUCUAUUAUUCAAUAAUAACAAGUUACAAGGUAUUUGAAAGAGACUCAAUAUAUCUGUACUUGCCAAAAGAAGCUCAUUUGGAAACAGCAAGGUGGCACUCUAGUGGGGUACCGGUAGGUAGCUAUAGCCAAACAUUAUAAACAUUGGGAAAGUAUGAGACUUACAGUGCAUUUUAUGUUUUCAGAAAACUCCCUGUCAAUGUGGUUGGCAAACCACGGAGAAUACUAAGACGAUCCCCUCCUCAGCAUGUUAGUCGAGAUGAAAGGGAGAGACUGGUUAACAUGGCUACUAAACUUAUUGUUGCUACGGUAAGAUUUCAGAUUACUGUUUGAUGACUUUUCAUUUAGGAAAAAAACGAUCACUGCUUGAAUACACUGUAAUAGUUUGUCUGUCAAAGAUCUGGUUACAGAAGAAUUACUUUAUUUAUACUUACAAUCAUCAACUACCAGCAGUCAUUUUUGACUCAUGCAUUUUUUUUCUUUUUUGUGUCUCUUAAUUAAGAGGUUACCAUUUAAAUGUAUACACGUGUAACUACCCUCAGAAAAUUAUAAGCUGUGAUCUCACUAUUAUUCAAAGAGCAAAAAGCAGUGAGUCCAUUUUACCACUUUUACUAGUUACAUAAAAAUUGUAAUCAUUUUAAAUUAAAUUGUUAUUAUUUUGAUGAUUGUUAUUCUUUGAUGAUUGAUUUGCUUAGGUCUUUUUUUGAAUCCUCUAUUUAACGUACUUUGUCUAAAAAAUCUCUGUUUUUUGAUUCAGGAAACUGUUGCUUUACCUGCAACUAAGAAGCAAAGCAAAGGAUUUCAGGCUUCUGAAAAGGUAAAACAUUUAUUUAGUGUGUUUAUCAAUUAAAAAUGUUUAAAUACCUUGCUUACAUUUUUAUGAACAAAAUUUUAGGUCGUUUUUAUCUGCCUUUUUUUUAAAAAAAAAAAAAAAUUUUUGCUAGGUUUUGUGUCUCGGUUUUUUCGUAACAAAGUGUAUACUGGCAUUUGGUGUGACUCUUCAGGGAUCCUUCCUUUCUCUUUCAUCUGUUUAGCGACAGAAUAUAUUUUUGUAGGUAUGAGGAUAUGCUAGUUGAUUAGAUCAUUGAUUAACAGACUUUGAGAGUAAAUUGGUUGGUUGAUUGACUUUCAGGAUAUUCCCAGACUUCAAAGAGAAAAGAAGCGCCAAGUGACUACAGAGUCACUCUCAUCAGGUACUCUAGACCUACACAUGUGCUAAAGAGUUGUGGAGAUCUACAAGACUGAUGUUUACAUUUUUGUGUCUUAUGAUAUUAAUUUUGUUGGAGUUUUCAAGUUGGAUACUUUUAGAGGGAGCUUGUUAAUGUUUCUAGUUGCUGCUUAUCUCUCUGGACUGAUUUCUAUCCUCAAAUAAUCAUUAAUUUUUCCCUUUUUUCUAGAUUCAGAAGGGUCUCAAAAGGUAUCAAGACGACCUGCCCCUCCAAAGGUUUGUGGCAGUUUUCAUCAGUAACACCAACCACAGAUGAAACAAGACAUACAUCUGAAUGUACAUGUAUGCACUCUACUAUCCGCGUACAGAUUCUCGAGACUGGUCUCCAUACUUUUCUUAAAGAAUUAGUUGGGAGAAUUGAUAAAAAAUCAAAGCAUUUUCCCUUAGGUGAUGGUUUUAGUUUUUUCAUAACCUUUUCUCUUGCAUUGUUAGGAGAGAAUUUAAGGUUCACAUACAUGGCAAACAGCAAACGUCAGAUUCAAGUUGAGAAUUUCUCAAAAUAGAAAAUGAGCAGAUGAAAACAGCUCAAAACAAUUCUUAUGGAUAAAAAAUUGCGUGAAGCUGCUAAUUUAUGUGUAGAAAUAAUGAACAGUAAACAAUAAGUAAAGGAGAAACUUGGUCACAUGGUACAAAUUCACGUUUGCCGUUUGACGUAAACAUGAUGCAUAACCUCUCUAUUGUGACUGAAAUCAAUCAAUCAAUCGAUCAAUAAAUUUAUUUAUGUCCAUAUGUGGGAUGGGGUUGCCCCAAUCACUGGAGCUAAAAACUCAUGUAUGAAACAUCUGACAAUAACAAUACUAUAAAGUUAAUAAUAAUACAAUACAUUUCAAUAAAAAUUAUUUGAAAAGAUCAAAAGUUUAUGAAAACAUACAAAAAUAAUAUAUCCGGGAAUGCUCAAAGCAACACCCUCCCACAUCCCACUGAAUAUUGUAAUUAAAAACUAAAAACUGUAAGAAUAAGUUAAAAACCCAAGAUAAAAAAAUAAAUAAAUAAACCUACAUACAUUAACAACUGGCUUUUAAGUUUACGAGAUUAAAAGAUCUUAAAUGCUUACGAAAUUCACUCAACUCAGUCGAUACCUUAAUGCCCUGUAAAAGCCCUGUAAAGUGAGUCCCAAUAAAUGUAUGCAUGUAUGUAUGUAAAAAUUAUUGAUGUUGGUGCCUCUUGGCUGAAGUUUUUGAAAUCAAUUUUUCAGGGUAAACCCAGAUCAGGGUCAGCUCCUCACAGAAGACCUGAAUCCACAUUUUUUAAGUCAUCCUCUUCAAGAAGAGAUGGAGAGAAACAUGGCCGAAGUGGUGUCCAUGUUUUGCUGCCUGGAGGAUCACAAAGUGACGAUGAAGAUCGCCUCAGGUGAAAGAAAAACACAAGUUGUUGUAUAACUUAAGUUAACAUUAUUUAACUAAAGCUUAGUUUUCAACUUUUUAACCCAAAAUUUAGCCAGAUCCUCUCGCUCACUGUAACAGUUGUCUUAGAAUCAGAUACUUACAAACUGAGUCCAUAGAGGCCUAGAGGGCUCAUGAUGAUUGAUGAAGUUUAUGCCAGUUUGUCAUUUGGCUCAAAUUUGUGUGCAUUUACUGUGUUCUUAGGAACUAUUUUAUCAGUAUUAUAGGUUCAAAAGUCAAGUCAGUAUCAUGUGUAAAUUUAAGAAAAUCAUUGCAGAAAACUUCGCUGCUUGUUCCUCUGUGUAGAAAUGACUUUGUCUUGUUUUUCAGGGAACGACUUUUUUUCCACAUUGAUUUUCCAAGACUCUGCAUGAUGCUCUUUGUUUUGAGCCAGUAGAGAAACUGGACAAAAUUCAACAUAAACAUUUCAUACGUGAACACCGACGAGGACAAGAUUUGACUUGAAGUUUUUCGAGCAUAUUCCAAAAAAAUAGACACCCGCGGGUUUCAUUUUACUUUUUUCACUAGAAAAGUUAACAAGGAUAUUUUUAUUGAAGGAAGUUAAGCCCCCUCCCGAUCGCGAAAUGAUAAAACUUUUAACAUUUGACAACAUGUUUCUGUUAUAUUACAACAGUCACUACAAUACCAUAACCUGUAGUAGAAUGGCGAUGGCUAUCGCAUUUUCCCGCCAAAAUGAUGCUGGUCACGCACGUGCGUACGCACUACUUGUGUGAAAAUAUUGUUCCUGUGGUUGUUCUCAUUUUGGAUUCCUAAGGUCUCUAAUUAUACUAAAUAAGGCAAAAUAGAAACAGUCAUAGUAGAGAGUAGAAUCUCCAACAUGUAUUUGUAUACUGGUGUCCGUGCCCUUGCUGAGAUGUUUUCUUGGUGAUUUUGUAGGUCAUUAGUUGGACGCAUGAAUUUGGAGGGGCGUGGCAGCAGUGUCAUUGCAUCAAAGCACCAAUCAAAGGAAACUAGACCUAAAAGUGCGGCUGUUCCACAGAAGUCACGGACGGAGGAAGAUAGUUACGAUGAUGAAGAAUUUGAAAGUGGAGGAUCUCCAAGACUGUCCUCCACUCGUACAACUCCGAGGCAAUCAUGGAUGGAAAGUGAACAUGAAAUGAUUGAUAUGUCUACACAGACAGUUGUUCAUUCAGGUGAGUUGCUUUGUAAUCAUCUGAUCAGGGGCACCCAACGAUGGUUUUCUCCUAAAUGUGUAUUUAAAACUCUUUUUAGGCUAUCCAGAGUACUUUUAGAUAUCUAGAAAUGCAUUCUAAUCGGCGCUAUAAAAUUUGUAUCCGUUCGGUCAUCCUAGGAGAACUUAAAGUCUUUUCGAAAUUACAAGGGCUUCAUUAUUAUUUUCCCGAAAUUGUUUGAUGCAAUUGAACGUUUUACGAAAGUGAGAAUUGCUCUUAUUCCUCUCUCCACAACAUUUUUGAAUCCAAAAAGUUUAGGUUUCUUUUUUCUACGGACAUUAGCUUAACGUGGGGAGUAAAAUGUCAGAAAUUACACUUCAGAAAAUCGUAGGGAAUUCAUUAGAUAAGCUUCAAAAAUUGUACCAGAAUGCAACGGUCAUCUAGAAAUUUCUAACUUUCGCAAAGACUUCUGGGACUGUUCCUGUGGACAGGAAAAAGAAUUGGCCAAUAGCUGACCGGCACAUCCCCAGUAACGAUGAUUUUGGCUCCGUUACCCCUCUCGUUUCUUAAGUGGCGAAUGGUAGUGUCUUAGUAUGGUAGGUGCGGUGGAAGAGGGUUAAAGAGUAGCCUGCUGGUAAGCUCUGAGGGGGAAAGGGGACAGGGAUGGGGAGCACUUUCCCCCCUCCCAUCCCUGGAAAGCUGCAUGAAGACUAGGUUAAGGGCAAUGACAAGGAGAGCACCAAGAACAAACAGACUUUUAGGGGCCCCCCCCCCCCCCGCUUCUGUUAGCCCGUCUACAUUGUAGAAAAACACGGGAGAUUAGUGGCUACACACGUUACUGCCCCGAGACUGCCAACAGUCUAGAGCACAAAAGGCAGCAAAGCAUUGGUUUACUAUGGCAACACUGCAAACGACAUCUGCUGGCACCAGUUGCAAUGAUAAAAUGAGUGGAACUUUUGUGACCUAUUUUCACCACCCUGGCGUGUGGAGGAAGAGAGCGGAGGGCAACCUCGUUCCCAGGGUUCUCUCCUACCCGCCCUCUCGCUCCGUAGGGCGGGUGGGAGAGAACCCUGGGAACGAGGUUGAGCGGAGGGGAGGGGAGGGGAUGGAGCAUUCUGCAAAAAUCACUUCCGCUUUGACUUGACCCACCUGUAGUAGAAAGUGAUUUAAAGCUCAUUCGAAAUUAAACACGACAAAGGCCAGCUGGAAGACUGCAUAUUCAAUCACAUUGCUGCCGCCAACUCAGACCCCUUGUCUCGAGGUUAACCUUGCAUAAAUUUCAUCUACAUCAUUGUAGGUACACAGACUGUUAAACAAUAUGACGAAGAACAGGAUCAGAUUGACAGACAUAUCAUCCUCCCUUCAAGACUGUCGCCAAUCAAACAAACCCCGUUAGAGAGAGUCCAAGAGGUGUAUGUGUCCACAGAGACGGCAACAGUUGGAGCAAGUACCGCGGACAUCCCAACAUCAACACCUCUUUCCACAGAAACACAGACGAGAAACAGGGAUUUAGAGCCUAAAGGUACUUUAAGUUUAAUUUUCUUGGCGCCAAUUUCAGCCUGUAGCAUUGUAUAUAAUCCUGCCCGUCCCACCUUGAGGUGAUGUUACGAUGCUGGACAAAAGUCCUUGGGACAGUAAUGCAGUAUUCAUAGUUUUCUGUAAUUUCUGGCUUCCCUCAUAAAACAGUGCAACCUUUCGAGAUUUUUUUGCUGUUCUCCCACAAAGUCGAAAUUGGGAAAAAACUUCUGGAUAUACACGUCCAACGUUGUUUGUGGGGUGAGGGGAGGGUUGGGCCUGUGUGAAAUGGACAACGUCUCAGAAAUGCAAAAGACUUUUGUCCGUGAUUGUAGCUACUCCCGCUUGCCUUUUAAUAAUUUGUUAUGGCUUUUUAGCAACUCAACGUCAUCUAUUUUUACUUCUGAAUGACGCAAAUUUUCAUGAAAAUUAGAGAGGGGUCACGUUUGAAGCAAUAAAUAGUUAUACGACCUAGGGUGACUCCAGUAAACACUGCUCCUUCAUAUUUUAAUUUUUAAACUGACAGUGCGGUUGCAUGAAUAUGGAAAACGAAUUGUCUAUAACGAUUGUUACGAGAAGUACAAAGUAGAUGCUGUAACAUUGCAAACUAACCAAGUGCUGUUCUGUUGUUUUGCCUUUCACCAGUUCUCACCUAUGAAGUUUACAUCCUGACGGGUGACAAGUUAGGCGCUGGUACUAAGGCUGCUGUAAAGAUGACUAUUUUUGGAGAAUACGGCAACUCUGGCGAGAGGCAGUUACUACGAUCAAGAACGCACAGAUCGAAGUUCCAGCGAGGACAGGUAGGAAGAUCGCGAAUCGGGGCGAAAAAUAAGAACCCUCAUAUUUUUGUCUUAAAUGUGUGCUGCAUAUUCCACUAAAAAAAUUUAUCUUACGUCCCGGGGGCUACUCAACAAAGUCUUAUACGGGGAUGUGCCAUCCCGAAGUGCAACCGCUUACUCUUUUAUAUAUACCAUUUUUGGCAGAAAAGGUAUCCCUUUCGCAUACCUUCCACUGAAAAAUGGUACCAAUUUCAAUUCAUCUCCCUGCUUAAUAAGAAUAAAUCAAAACGGAAAGUCGUCCUGUCAGUGGUAUAGCCAUAUAAAACAAAGGCGCGUCUUUUCGAAACAUUUGAAUGAACGUCCUUUUUACUUACUUAUUCGAUAGAUUUUCCUGUCCUUUCAUAUACUUCAAUUCGUGAAUUCCAUACCCUGUCAUAACCUGAAGCCUGAAAAACGUACCCCUUUCGGGCGGAGCCUCUCCGUAUAGGCCUUUAUAGGGAUUACCCCUCGGGCUUUACAUAAACGUAACCAAAACUAUUUUUUUGUUUUUUUCUUUUAGGUUGACAUUUUUGUCAUAGAUUCAGUUUUCCUUGGAAAGUUGUCAAGCAUCAGGAUUGGACAUAACGAAACGAAGUUAGGUGAGUUAGUGUCAGCAUCUGACUAUCGGAGGUAAUCUGUUCCUUCAUUUUACUGAAUGUUAAAUCAUUGGUACUUGCAGGUUAUGGUUGGUUCUUAGACAAAGUUUACAUCAAGGAAGGUCCCGAGGCCACGAGAGCAUUUGAAUUCAAAUGUAAUAGGUGGGUGUGUGUUUUAUUGUCUGCGCGAGUGUUGGACAAAAUCUGGAGGUUGAUUGGCUGACUGUAGUUUGUCAAUGACAUAUAAUGGCUGCCCUAUUUUUAUUCGCCAAUCCCCUCCCCCUUCCUCAGUGAACAUGUUAUGAAUUUUACAGAAUUAUUUCAACUAUUUGUUUUAUCUUUCGUUUGAAAGCAUACUGUCGUUACUAUUUACAAAUAAAAUAUGUUUAAUUUUUUUGCUGCUGCUGCGGUGACGUCGCCUUGGUUCUUUCAUAGUUCACUGCCAUUGUUAUGAAGUGCUUCCAUUUGUCAGGGGUUAGAGCGAGACUUUCUGUUACUCCUUUACCGGCCAAUAAACACACUUGCUGUCUGUAGAAUAAUCUCCAAAUUCUUCAUACUGCACUCGGCUAUGCCUUGUGUAGGUUUUGAAAUACUCCAUCUUUCUACAGCCAAUGUGAGCGUUCAAUUUUAUCCGUUAAAGUGUUUUAGGCCCCUCGUGGUCCAUUAUAUUAUUUUUAAAUGUUCUGUCACACGCCAUUGCUCUAAGUUCACCUCAUUUUAUUUCAUUUUUGUUUUUUAUUCAGGUGGCUAUCUUCACGCGAUGAUGACGGACAGAUUAUUCGUGAUCUACCAGUCUGUGAUGUCCUACCAGGUAUAACAUACUUUUAUAAGGUUCUUCUUGUUUAAUCUUCUUGUGGUUACUAAGUAGCGCGCGCGCGUGAACCAGCGUCAUUUUGGCGGGAAAACGCGAUAGCUGCUGUCAUUCUACCAUGGCCGGGGGUUCUGGCGAAAAUUUUAGAGACGGAAGUUUUAUCAUUUUGUGAUCGGGGAGGGCUUAACUUCCUUCAGUAAAAAAACCGUAUUAACUUUUCUGGUGAAAAAAGUAAAGUGCAGCUUUCCGGGGUGUCUAUUUUUGGAGAAUACGCCAAAAAAAAACUUUUACGUUAAAUUUCGUCUUCGGCCUCGAAUGUAAAGGACCUAAAGGUCUGUAUUUUAUCCGCGAGUGGGAAAUUUUACGUAAAAAGCUCUUUUCUUAUAUAUUAUUUACUUUUAUCAUAUUUGCUUUUUGCGCAGCGUCCCAUCUUGUAGCUGUUUUACCAAGGAUCGACGAGAGACAAGACGAAGACUUUUUCAGAAGCGCUAGUGACAGCGACAGUUUCUCAAGCGAUGAAGAUAAUGUUCCUGCUCCUGACUUAAGAGAAGCUAAAAAGAAACCAAAGAACCAAGAGGAAUCCCAUAUAGAGAAGACUUCAAAGCAUGUGACCGAGCCAGUCGUGUUCAAACCCCCUCCAGUACCAACUCCCCGUGAAAGCGAGGUUCAGGAGGACGGCUUUAUCGCUGUAAAGGCUGAAAACUUGUUUGAUAUCAGCGAAGGCGAGGAUGACAAGCAAGGAGUUACCGAGGAACUAGAAAACGAGAAGUUUUUCGACCCUGAUGAUAAGAGCGAUAAUUCCGAGAGCGAAGACGAAGAGGAGAAUUCAAGAGCACAGGGUAAAAAGCGAAGAGAGGAGGCAGAAAAUUCAAGUGAAAGCGAAGAAGAAGGGAAAGACGAAGAAGAGGAAACGGAAGGUGGAAAGAGAGCAGCUGUAACAAAGAACGGGUCAGAUAAUCUCAAACUUGUCACUACUGCUAUGACGUCGUUCAAGAAAGCAGCUGGAAGGAAGACUAAGGAUCAAGAGUUUGGAGCAGAAGAACAAGACAAGGAAGAGGAGAAAAUAGAAGAAAAGAGAAAAGUGGAAGAACAAGAAAAAGAGGACGAAAGCGGUGAAAACGAAGUCGAACAGGAAAAGGACAUAGAGAAAGCAGCGCCUGAAAAAGAGGAAGAGGAAGAGGAAGAGCCUCGGGUUGAGUUUACUGGUGAUACAAAACCUGAGGUAAGAUCAUUCUUAGUUUAUAGACAGAAAAAUGGCGGGAAAAGAUCCUGCCAUCUUUAACAUGAAAAAAUACUGCUUAACUUUACGUAAAAAAAAAAAAUUGCUCCGGAGAAAUUCCGUAAAACUGAAUUGUGUUGUUAAAUGACACUUACUAUUGAGCGGAACACGCAAGAGCACUGAAAAAAUAUGAGAUCAGGAGCCGUUCCUGAAUAGACAGACUGCUAGCAGUUACGCUCUCAUUUGGCAAAAGGUUUUUUAUGCGUAGGUGUUGUUGCUGGUGAAAGCCCUUCUUUGUAUGCGAGGCAACGUUCAUUGAAUUUUUCCAGACUUACGUAUAGGUUUUAAAAGUUUAGUUUUAUCAAGCUAAGUGUAUAAAUUAAGUUGUUCUUUUGUAAAGGAUUCAAAGCCAGCAUACCAGCGCGAACACAGGCUUCGUUAAGGCAAAGACGACGACGAAGAAGGGCUAGAGUUUAAAACGUUGGCUUUUGAAUUUCUUUACUGUGGUAAAAUUAAUAUAACAAUUUAGUAUAUACGACUCAUUAGUGUUUCAUUCCCUCACCAACGCAGUUUCUCACUUUCCCUGCCUUUUCCAGGCAGUCCGAUUCUCGAGUCGUCGGAUACAGCGGUGAGGGAGACUGGGGAAGUAAGGAGGGGAAACAUUUUUCCUGUCUCCUCGCUGUUUUUGUGUCUUUCCGAUGCCUCGAGAAUAUGAAGCCCUGAAACGGGUUAGACUAUGAACCUUCUCUCUGUUGACAGUUAGAGGGAACGAGCUUUAAAAUUUACGAAGAUUUGCUUUUAUCAACUGAGUUGGUAAGCCGUAAAUUUGUGAUUGCAGGGAGAUAGAAAAACUGAUGCUUCGAGCCGUAGCCCUUCGUCAGAGCGAAUCGAUUAUUUAUUUCCUUCCUUAUCAAUACAGUUGAUAAAACCAAAUCUCUUCACUCUCCCAGCGAUGCCGCACCCCAGUUUUCGGAGAAACUAACCCCUUUAAUUUCUACACUCUUCUACAACUGGCGGGCCUGUUUACCGACUGACUGAUUGUAACAAAUUCAAAGUCAAUUAUUAUCUUUAUAGAAUGAGCGUGAGCGACCUAUUUCUGCCCAGAGUGAAGAAUUUUUCGAGGGAUUUAAGGCUGGAGUGCGCGCAAAACACGAGAAGGAACGAGAGCGACACAGGGAAUCUGUACAUGAAAGUGAAAGUGUCCUGAGAAAAGGUUUGUUAAUGUUUGCAGCAUCUGAGAAUUAUUGUGUUUUUGAUAAAUAUUUAGCCUGAGAAAGCAGCCGACAUUUCGCGACACCACGGGCACUACUGGUUUUCCCGCGAAAAGUUGUCUGAGGAACGACUGUAAAAAUUCCGUGCUUAUGACGUGUCACUACCCAGAUCUAGGUAGUACUUCUGAUUGGUGGUGCCGCGAGGGAAAUGUGCUUCAACCAGUUAGAAGCACUGCAGAUUACAUGCUAUGUUGCAGUCUCGUACUCAGAAAAUCCCAGGUAGAAUGGCGAAGAAAAUUAAGAUGUGAAAAACCCGGCGCAACGUUACUCCCAUGUAAUUUUGCGAUGAAUAUUGUGUCGUCUCUCUGAGCCGUUAGUAACGUGCGAUUAGGCGUUUUGUGACAUAGAGAGAGCUAUAGGAACUGUGUAUGAUCUUAGGCUACUUUUAAGGUGGAUCAAAGUGAACACGCCCAAAUUUAUUCUUAAAUUAAGUUUUUUAUAUCUAUUCACACAUGACAUAUAAUGUUUCUUAUCCAUUGAUAUUUUUUAUCGAAGAAUCAGCGGGAAAGUCAAACUUAUUGUGUUUUUUCAUUUUUUCGCUGUUUGCCUCUGGAUCUGUUUCGCUCAUUUUUCGUUUUAUGGUGGUAAAGUUCUUGAUUGCCCUUUGAUUUAUCACGCGGUGCAGUGUUAACUGCUUUUUCUCCCGCUUAGGUAUUUCAAUACAUGACGCCGCCAAAACAGGAAACCUUGAUCGAAUCAAAGAAUUGAUAAGCGUAGUUCCCGAGAUGAAAAACAGGACUGAUGAACGUGGUAUGAACCCACUGCAUCUAGCUGCAGCCAACGGCAGACUGGACUGUGUCAAGUGGUUAGCGGUCAGCGGUGUAGACCUAGCAGAGGAGACUCCAACUGGCUAUACCGCCAUGCAUUUGGCUGCCAUGAAUGGUCACGUGAACUGCAUGAUGGUAGGUUGGAAAAGAAACAGCAACUACAACGAAAAAAAAAAAACCACCAAACAAACAAAUAAAGAAAAAAACUAAUUAGCCAUUUCAAAGUUGCCUUAGUGUCUUGUGUCUAGCAUGGUAGAAAAUUAAUUGCCAUAGAAAAAGUUUUGUAUAAAACGUUUUCAAAAGUCGGAAGUGGCCCUUUUUUUAAGGUGAAGUUCGAAGGGCCAUGCUAGCAACUCUUAAAAUUAGGCAAUACCUUGUAACAAUACAACAGUCUGAUUUUAAGGGUUAAUGUGGCUAGUAAGCUGUAUUGCGGAACACAAUAUAGAUGAAGGGGUUAAGUAGCAGUUUUAGCAGUCCAGAACACAAAGGGUAGUUGUUCAAUGAGUUCCUCGAUUAUCUUUAAUUGUCCCGAUCACACUUUGUCGAAUUUCUUUGCGUCCAUUUCUGGUCAUUCAUGUUCCGGUUUAAAAAGUUGUAAAAGGAGUACAAUGAAAAAGUAGAUUCUUUUGCAAGUUCCGGCUAAUUCCAUUCAUUCUCCAUUUUAUUAUGUUUCUCCCUUGUAGUUUCCAAAAAUAGCACACGUCCAAGAAUGCAGUUAUACUCUCUUAGCAUCUCAGGGCCAGUCUUAAUGGUUUAUGAACGCUAAAAGAUUAAUAAGUCCGACUCAUUUUGCUGAUUAUUCCUUACUGAUUUCAUUUAUGUGUUUUUUUUAAGAUCCUCUCAGCCAUGGGAAGUACGCUGAGUUCUAGGACAAUUGAUGAACUUACUCCUCUACAUCUUGCUUGUAUGAGGUCAGUUGAAUACUUAAUUAGUAACUGUAAUUUUGUUUACCCUCGAAACCCUUACUAGGGAUCCUUGAGAACUCGUUUUAACUUUUCCGUGCGUUCCACAUCGAAUUGGAAAUUAAAAGUGUUAGUAUUUGAGAAGAGCGGAAAACUGGGGUACCCGAGUAAAACCUCUCGGAGCAAGGGAGAGAGCCAUCAACAAACUCAACCCACAUUUGGCGUUGACGCCGGGAUUUGACCCCGGGCCACGUUGGUGAGAGACGAGUGCUCUCACAACUGCGCCACCCUUGUAAAUUCUUCUCGUGUGACCUAGAAACAGUGCAUUUGUUCAAAUGCUUUUAUUUUGUUGCAGCGGAUUCACGGAGUGUGUAAAGUGGCUUAUUGCUAACAGAGCCAAAAUAGAUGUGGUUGAUAACAAUGGACGUACGCCGCUAGAUAUUGCUGAGGUAAAAAGUGCUGCUUAUCUUUUAGUUUGAUUUAGUUGCUCUGCCUCCUGCUUAGCCUCUUUUGGCUAGUCACGCAAUGCUCCAGGAACGCGUGAUGAAGACCGUAAGAACGUCUGCGUGGGAAGCGACUUGCUUAUUACUGCUCAGAGUAGUGUUAAUUCAGUUUGUGCACCUGAUUACAAAUAAAAAUUAAAAUAAGGUUUUCUUCACUGCAGGAAUACGGCCAUGAGGACUUAGUUAAACUCCUCAGGAAAUUCAGUAAGUUAAAUUGUUGUUGUAUUUGAAAGCUAAUUCUUUAUAAUUCAGUUGGUUUUAUAUUUAGCGGUAACUAACCUCCCUAUUUGUGGUUUAGAAAAAGAACUCACAAGACAAGACAGCACGCUUGCUCAACUAAUGACCAGUGAAAGCAAGAGAAGAAAGAGGUGAACAGAAAGUUACAUUUGUUAAAAAGAUUAUUGUGAAAAAUGUUUAGCAAGGCGGUGGAUCGUUGAGUUAGCAACUCUAUAAUUCGUAGGGCGUAUGUAUCAUACACAUACACUUAGAGAUAGCCAUUUCGUCUCCUGAAGGAGUGGACGAUCAUGAGCUUAUCCCUACAUUAAGAACCGUCCUUACAGAUUACCCACCCAGCCCAGGAAAGGUUAACCACACCACCAGGGUCUACAUCCCCUACUCUUUUCGAACAGUGAUUCGGUAUCGUGAUGUCGCUAGCAACUUUACUUCUCGAAUCAAAGGCGUUUCUUCAGAUCAGUGAUAUGGCACUGAAUUAGCCUGCAGUGCAGGCGUUUUCUUCGGGCACGCGAAUAAAAGAUGGCGGUUACAACAAUGCGACGAAGAUAAACAAGCGGCUUUCGCCCGCCCAAAAUACCCCUGCUCUGCAGGCUAGCACUGAAUGAGAAAGCCGCUUUUCUUUGCUGCUUGUAGUAUCGAUUCUAUAGGAAGUGAUCAGGGGGAUACGGAACUGUAAUGCUAAAGCCGCUUUUCUUUGCUGUUUUGUAGUAUCGAUUCUAUGGGAAGUGAUCAAGACGGUGUACCAUCCAAAGUCUCUGACAGCGGAGUUGGUGGAUUGGAGAGCGGAGAGGACAGUUGGAUCAGUGAUACAGAGGUGAGUAACAUCCUCCGCAUAGUUUCGUUUAGAGGAAAAAAAAGAUUGGAGAUUUUAUAGCCUGUGUACAGACGCCUCCUCUGUACACAGGUUAAAAUUUUAGACUUAAGAAAAUUUUACAGUGCCGACACUUGGCAGUAAAGAUCACCAUUGACAGACUUUCUCCGUACGAGGCUUAUCUCAUCAGUGCUUACUAGUAAGUACGGUUUUUUUUUGCUUAAACUGGCAAACACUAAGCUAAAGGAAAUUAAAAGUGGCUGUUUGAUAACUUCAGCAGGGAUAGACUAGGGAAGCGUUUGCUCAGAAUCGAUGAGUGUGAAUUGACGUUGAGGUUUUGAGGUGACGCUUAACCCCUUGACCACGGAUCGGGUCAUUUCGGGUCAACAUGGAACCAUUCAGAUUUUGCAUUUCUGAACCGACUUAGCUUUCAGGGAGGAUAGAUCUUUGCACGGAUUCUAGAGAUAGAAAAGAAAGGAAAGGAAAGAAAAAGAUAUAGAAAACAGAUGAAGCUUAAUGAAAAUUUGCGAAAAAAUAGUGAAAAUCUCAGUUUUAGCCAUUUCCAUGCUAACUGGUAGAAAAUUAAAAAACCGGUCCUGAAAGGAGAGGUUGGCAAAAAAUGUGUUUUUUUUUUUUUCGCUACUAAAAUUCCGUAUUCCAAAGUAUAAACGACCUUGCAUUUAAUGCUUAGAGGUUGACAUUUUCAUUGAGAGACUGAUUACUUUGCAACGCGUAAUAGAAUACACUACGUGGAAAUACAGCGUAGAGGCAGAAGUCUAAUCUUGGAUUCUCGUAAAGAAAUUUACGACUUUGAAGUAUAAGUUGAUGAAAACCGUAAUUUUGAUGAGAAUGGGACAGACGAUGAUGCACAUUCAUUAAGGAAAGUGUCUCAGAUCGUUUUGGAAAUACUUGCUGUGUGGAGCACUGUUAUUUCUGAAACAAAAAAAUGAUAAACAUAAACCUAGUCAGCUUAUGAACCUACUCAGAGAUCAACUUAGGACAAGAUUUAAUGUUUUUAACUUAAUCUGUGGACGAAAUUUAAUGGUGUUACCCGGCGUUCAAAUAAAACCUCUUUAGAACUUUGGCAUACUACUUUUUACUUCUUGGUAUUCUACGAAAUGAAAUUUGAUUUUUUUUAAAAAAAAAUAUUACCCUGGACACUCAAAGGAAAGAAGGGUAAAGUAAUCGAGAAAUCACUCCUUAAAGAUUGUGUUUUGGUUCAGCAGGAGGACUUAACAGUAGAAACAAUGAAAGACUCACUGCCGGAUUCAGCUACCAGGCAGCGACCGGGCUCAGGAAGGGAGCGUCCCGAGUCAGCCUCGAGAGCCAGGACAGAUUCCAUAAUGUCAAUGGAGGUUUGUAUGUCAAAUGCUGUGUUUAACCGAUACCAUCAUAAGCGCGGAUAUCUUACCAAGUUUUGAAAGAGCUUGUCAGCCUUGAAAAGCGCCAUUGUUUUUAGGGCUCGACGAAAUUGUAUCACACGUUAGAAAAUCAGUAGGACUAUCAAUCAAUCAAUCAAUCAAUUUGACAUUUCUUAAACUUCAGGGAGAAUGGCUACAAGCUUUCGUUUGCAACGAUAUCUGGGAUCUUUCGGGUGGACAAGCUUAGUUAUGAUUUGUCGAUGGCAGAAACGAGAAACGAUCCCAGAAGUCUUUGCGCCUCCCUGGUUUUUCGAGUUGGCUAAGCCUCUGUUUCAAAGCGAGGCUGAGUGUGAAGCGAUUGAUAUGGAAAUGAUUUUUUAUUCUCAUACAAAUAAAACUCAUUUUCACAAGAAGGGUUUUGCACUAAGCCUCGUUUUGAAAGUGAGAAUUGUUGGAACUCGGAAAUAGCCUAGUGGCGAAUUCAAACUCAACUUAGAUGGUGCAAAAAUAUAUGCAGUUUUCUGGGUGCAAUUCUUCUUUGAUUUACGUUUGCGGUUUGUAAAAAACGUGCUCCUUUUAGGGCAGGUGCCUUUCCAAAUUGAAUGGUUGAGAAGACCAGAAAGUUUGCUCUUAUUGUCUACAUUACACUGUCUGAGUUUUCUUCGUAACACCAGUAACGAUGUACGCAUGCAGUAUUAAAGUAAACAUGAGUUUCAAAGAAAGUAUCAUUUUAUGAAUUUUAUUUUUCUACAGAACAGAAAGAAAAACUUUGAGAAGCAGCAGUCGAAAAUGAAGAAAAGAAACUCAAGCUUCUUGGACAGUAUCAGGAUGGAAGUGGAAAAUGAAGAGGAAUUUUGAGGGUUUUUUCUUCAAGAGUCGUCAGUCAAGCGUCGUUUACAUACAAAAGCUGGUUAAUACUUCUACAUUUACGCAAGUGGAGCAAGAUACAGUAGCCGAUUGAUGUUUU